UCUCUCCAAUGCGUCUGACGUCAGAUCCAGUCAUCCGAUCCGUCAUCAUCAGUUUUGAUGCGAAAGGGGAAGUUGGGAGGAACCGAGAGGAAGAUCUGGGAGUGACCGUUUGAGAAGCAGCUCUUGACUUCAGUACAGGAGAUUGGGGCUUAGGGUCAUGGCAGGAAGAGGUGGAGCAACGAGACCUAACGGGCCGAACGGCGGCAACAAAAUCUGUCAAUUCAAACUAGUGCUCUUGGGAGAGUCUGCUGUGGGGAAGUCAAGUCUAGUCCUUCGCUUUGUAAAAGGACAGUUUCACGAGUUUCAGGAAAGCACAAUAGGAGCUGCCUUCUUGACUCAGACAGUAUGUUUGGAUGACACAACAGUGAAGUUUGAGAUCUGGGAUACAGCUGGCCAGGAGCGCUACCACAGUCUGGCCCCAAUGUAUUACAGAGGAGCACAGGCGGCCAUAGUGGUGUAUGACAUUACGAAUGAAGAAUCAUUUGCACGUGCGAAAAACUGGGUGAAAGAGCUUCAAAGACAAGCCAGUCCAAAUAUUGUAAUAGCUUUGGCUGGAAACAAGGCAGACCUUGCCAGCAAGAGAGCGUUGGACUUUCAGGAUGCACAGUCAUAUGCAGAUGACAACAGUUUGCUGUUUAUGGAAACAUCGGCAAAGACUUCAAUGAACGUGAACGAGAUUUUCAUGGCCAUUGCAAAGAAACUACCCAAGAAUGAGCCCCAGCCUGCAGGUGCCAACACAGGACGCAACAGAGGUGUGGAUCUAACAGAAACGGCACAGCCCACGAAAGGCCCCUGCUGUAGCAACUAAACGCCGACGGUCCUCACCUCCUAACCAACCGCAUCACAUCUGGACAUGGGGCUCCUCCUUCCAAACCUCGCUCCUUGGAUUAGCUAAAGACUCUGUAUAGCUGGGUUUCUAAUACUUUUUUUUUUUUUUUAAGAAAAUAUAUGUAAAUCUGCAGUCUACUGGAUGCAUGUAUCACUACAAACGCUAAAUACACAUUUUAACUUAAUUCAGCAGGAGAACAAACCUGGUUGAGAGAGAGAGAGAGAGAGAGAGAGAGUGAAAUAUUGAGUGUGUUUGUAUGUGUUUAGUAUAACUGAUUACCGUAUAACCAGGCCCGGGCGCAAUCUGCAGAUGUUUUUCUGCAAAAAUGGAUUUAAAACAUGUUAAAUGAAGCUAUUGUUAUUGGUAGCUAAUCAAAUUAGCUAUCAUAUUUAAUAAACCCCAUGAAUGCAUUAAAAUUCUGUGGAAAUCAUCAUGCAGAUUUCAUGUGGGCCUGCUUAUGACUCAGUCAGAUUGAGAGUUUUAAAACUGCUCAUGAAAAACCAGAUCCUCCACCUGCUCCAUCAGCAGCCGGUGUAAAGUUGGUUGUAGUUUGGAUGCAGUAGCUUCUUGUUCUAGUUAAGCAUUCCUUAAUGCACCUGCUGUGCGCCACAUAUGGCAGUAUUGCCAUGAUAAUAAUGAAAUAUUGCAUCCAUUACCAGUUUGAGCUCCUAUCGAAUGAGUUGGAGAAUCGAUAUUGUCUUUGGGGAUAAAGAACAAAUCAAGGAAGGCAGUCAGUAAAACAUCUUCAGCCUGCUGUAUGAAUUAUUAGAGUUGCAGAGGGGUGGAAAAUUUCUGGUAAAUUUCUGGAAACUUUCCAUGGAAAGUUAAGCUGGGGAAUUUUGGGAAUUUUACAAGUUGGAAACUUAACUAGGAUUUAUGGGAAUUAUUUGGAAAUUUGAGGUAAUUUGGUGCAACUGUAUCCUAUACAAACAUAAAUAUAAACAUUUUGUUUGGUCAAAAAACUAAUGAAAUUAUGGGAAUUAAUUGGACAUUCAGGGUAACCAUCAUGUACAAAUAUAAAUAUAAACGUUUUGUUUGGUCAACAUGCAUGCAAACUAAUACAAAUUCUAAAAAAAAAUUACAUUUUGAUUUAUUUAUUGGAGUAGAACUUUAAUCAAUUCUUUCAUUGAACAACAAAAAGCGUGUUGAAUAAAAUAAGCAUAUAUUAUAAAAAAAAUUCCCAUUAAAAAUGUAAUGAAUGAAAUGCAAGCGUUUUCUCUCAAGUUUUUGCAUUUUUCCUCUCAAUCCUGAACAGCACUGCAGUAGUGAUGCAUGUGAUUGAGGAAUGCGCAGGGUAGUUUGGUACAGGGUAUCUGGUUGUUUUAACCAAAUUAUGCUGCAAGAUGUUUUCAACUAUAUUUAAGUUGCCUGUUAACCUGCAAUUUUGUAAAUUUCCAGUUUAUUGCCAUUAAUUCCCAUAUAUUCCGGUUAAUUCCCAUAUAUUCCCAUUAAUUCCCAUGGAAAGUUUCCAACUUUAAAAAUUCCAACUUUAAGAAUUUUGCAACCCUAAUUAUUAUUAAUUGGGACUGUAUUCUCAUCUCUGUGUUAUGCUUAUAAACUUAAUGUCAGGCCCAUAUUGAAACUGUGCACUUGCAUUUUCUGAGGAAUCUGUUGAAUUCUGAGGAUUUGAUUUGAACAUGUUAAUGUGUUCAGUGGACUACAGGCUUGUAGCUGAGCACAUGAUAAACUAAUAAGUAUUUAAUUAAAAAAACAAAAACAUGCAAGGGGAAAUUAACUCUUUCCUCGCCAGCUUUUUUUAAAAAGUUGCCAGCCAUUUUUUAUUUUCAUAGCCCCCAGAAUAUUUUGUUUUUUGAAUAUCUGAACAUACAAUAUAACAAAAGAAAGACAGAACAGAGCCCCUACUUUUACUCUAGCUAUUCUGUUUUGUUUUUUUAUCAACACUUUAAUGUGGGUAAGUUUCAUAAAAUAGCAACAUUUUGAACAAAAAGCUGAGAAAAUCGCGUUUUUGUCAAAGACUUCGUCCGGAUCGGAAUCAGAACGUUUAUCAAAACAGAUCGAGAUUGAGUCCAUCAACACCCUAAAGCUUCACAGUCGCUUCCUCUUCAUAGGUUCGACAUUCAGUAGAGUUGCAAAAUUCCAGGAAUUAACGGGAAUAAGCAGGGAAUUUUAAUAAACGCUGUUCUUUUUUAACUUUUUAUUCAUCAAUGAAUCCUGAAAAAAGUAUAACAAGUUCCCAAAAAAAUAUUAAGCAGCACAACUGUUUCCAACAUUGAUAAUUUAGUAUCAAAUCAGCAUAUUAGAAUGAUUUCUAAAGGGUCAUGUGACACUGAAAUAAAUAACACAUGCAUAACAAUUGCUGCAAUAAAAAUCUAUUUAUUUUACAUAUGUACUAGAUUAGAAUUAAUUGGAUGCAAAACAGAAAUAACAUACUCAUGUUAUGACCAAAAAAAAAAACCAUGAAAAAAAAUACAUGAUACAUUUUAUAGAAAUUUAUAUAAAUUUUCCAAUUAAUUCCCUUAAAUUCCUGUUAAGUUUUCAAAUUUGAAUAUUUCCAAAAUUUCCCAGGUUAAGUUCCCGUGGAAAGUUUUUACCGGAAACUUUCUGCCGCUUUGCAACCCUAGUAACGUUAGACAGUUUCGAUUUAUAUGUCGUUUAAUGUUUGAUGAACUCGAUAGAUUACAUGUGCUAAGCAAUGCUUUUAUCGCUGCUUCUUCUUCGCCUGUGUUUUGAUCUGGAGAUUCUCUUUCAGAAUAUCGCCCCCUACCGUAUAACACAGAAAACAUGGAUUGCCGGAAAAACUCAUCAAUGGCGUGGAAAGAGUUAAUGUGUAAAAUUGUGUUGCCAUUUAUAUUCUGUGCAAAUUUCAUGUGGGCCUGAAAAUGAUCAAUUAAAAACAAAAAAGAAAGAAAAAUAUAACUUCAGCAUCUCGAACAUGUCCAGGAAUCUUUCCCUGCAGUUUUUGUUGUAAUCUUACAGGUAGUCAUGAGCAAACUGUCAUCGCCGCCUGAUUACGUCAGUGAUGCAGUGCAGUUUUGUGUCGUCAUAUGUACUCUGAGGACUAAAGGCGUGUGUUUGCAGGCAAAUUUAAAUGAUAUGUGCCGUCGAACAAGACAUUAAAGACUGUGUGAGGGCCUUUGAUUCAAAACAUGACUUUCUUUAAAUGUUUCAUGGGCAGAAAGAAACACAUUAUUUAGAUUUGCCUGCCAUGACGGACAGUAAUUUGCACACUGUACAGCCUCCCAUAAAUCCUACUACCAGUCUGAUGUUUCUUUUCACAGAGAAUCAUGUUUAAAUGGUGGUCUUUUUAAAUGUAUGUAGUGUUAUUAACAAAUGAACUUGACAUUUAGUCAGUGGUCUGUCUUGUACCUUCUCUCAAAAUGCUCAAUGUUUUUAUUUCUAAGAACCUAUUGAAUUGCACAAUUUUGAGUUGCGUUUUUUUUUUUACUAGUUAUAAAAUUGUGGCUGCCUGUCGUAUCCAAAACAAUUUCAUCAUGGACUACAGUGGACUUUCUAACACUCCUGAAGUACCACAGGUAGCUGCGGUCGGUGAACUAACUGGCAGACGUUCAGUAAUUCAGCAGUGUAAUGCAUUAACACUGAGAGACUGAUCGAUUUUUAAUGUCCAGGUACUAGUACAUUUCCAAUAAAGGGGGUGAAUUGUAUACAUA